AUGUGGGCGGGUCAGGACUAUGCUAAUGGAGCAACAAUCCCCGCCCCCCCUGCGGUUGCCAUGGUGACCGUCGCGGGAGCUCGGCGGGACCACGACGGCGUCAUGAAUAUGCAAAUAAGGGGCGGGGGCCCACCGGUGGGGAUGGGGGGAGCUGCAGACCGUGGGACCCCCCCCCCAACACACCUGUGUCCCCUCCUGGGGACCCCCCCCCACACCUGUGUGCCUUCCCAGGUGCCAUCGGAGGUGACGGUGACAGCAGAAGGUGACAGCAGGCGGCGACACCAGGUGCCAUCGGAGGUGACGGCGAUGCUGGCGCCGCUGCUGGCGCUGCUGCUGGCGCUGCUGGGCUCCCGGGGGGUGGUCGCGCAGUGCCCCCGCGCCGCCGACCUGCGCCCCGCGAACGGGACCCGGCUCUGCGCGCUGCUCUACGCCGACAACAGCCCCUACUACGAGCAGUGCUGCGCCGGGGACGCGCUCCAGGUGCUCCCCAACGCCGACCUGCCCUACCUGCCCACGGGCUGGGCCGGCCGCGCCUCCUCGCUCGUGGUGGGCACCCGCUGCGAGCUCACCGUGUGGUCCCGCCGCGCCAAGGGCGGCAAAACGCGGCGCUUCUCGGCGGGAGCGGUGCCGCGGCUGCAGGAGGUGAAACGGGGGCUCUUCGGGAACUGGAACGACGCCAUCCGGGCCCUGUACUGCACCUGCAAGUGA